AUGUGGUCCAAAUGUCACUCCAGUUCACAGUACAGCUUUACUCACAGACACGCAGGGGCUGGAGGUAGUGCUGGGGGUAGGAGACCGCUGCACCGUCACCAGAGCCAUCGUUUCCCGCUGGUCAGGCCCGAACUGCGGUCACCUCAGCCACAAGAACCCCUGGAUGAGCAUGUUAUGGCGGCUUCAUCUCUCCUGGGAGAUGAGGGAUGGGGGUGCGAUCUCAGCGCUGGGGGAAGAGAGGAGUCAGGAGAGGGUCAGUGCAAUGAGGUUAUAGGAUAUGGGAAGGAUGUGCUCAUGUGGCAUCAUUAG